UUUGCACAACUGCAUCCACACGUUUGAUCUGGAGUGUUCUGAAGUUCAGGAUGGACACUUCCAGCUCUGUCAUCAGUGAGAUGUCUGAAACUCAAGAGAGGCCCAAAUGGGACAAUAAGGUCCAGUAUAUGCUGACAUGUAUUGGAUUUGCAGUGGGAUUAGGGAACGUGUGGAGAUUCCCGUACCUGUGCCAGAUUUACGGAGGAGGUGCAUUCUUGAUCCCGUACCUGAUCGCACUGGUGUUUGAAGGUUUGCCGUUACUGUAUCUGGAGUUGGCGAUUGGUCAAAGCUUGAGGAAGGGCAGCAUUGGUGUCUGGCACUCGAUCUCUCCUCUGCUGGGUGGAGUUGGUGUGGCGUCUAUGAUCGUCUCAUUUCUGGUGUGUUUGUUCUACAACACUAUUCUGGCGUGGGUGCUGUGGUAUUUCUUUCACUCAUUUCAAGAACCUCUGCCAUGGAGUCAAUGUCCUGUAAAGGACAAUCUCACAGGUUAUGUAGAGGAAUGUGUUGCGAGCACUCCCGUGAAUUAUUUCUGGUACAGACAGACGCUGAACAUCUCUACAGACAUUGAGCAGAGCGGAUCACUGCAAUGGUGGCUGGUCUUGUGUUUGGCCUCGGCGUGGAGUAUUGUUUACAUCUGCUUCAUUCGGGGUAUCGAGACGAUCGGCAAGGCUGUGUAUGUUACUGCAACAUUUCCGUACUUGGUGUUGACGAUCUUUCUGGUGAGAGCCCUCACUCUCCCCGGCGCCACAGACGGUCUCCGGUACCUCUUCACACCAGACUGGACAAUACUGAUGGACCCUCAGGUGUGGUUAGAUGCAGCCACACAGAUCUUCUUCUCUUUGUCUCUGGCAUUUGGAGGACUCAUUGCCUUCUCCAGUUACAAUCCUAAAAAGAAUGAUUGUGAACGUGACGCUGUAGUCGUGGGAUGCAUUAACAGCGCAACAUCUCUCUAUGCUUCUAUUCCAAUAUUUGCCAUCUUGGGCUUCAAAGCCACAUCUAACUACAACAUUUGCAUCAACAGUAACAUCUUGGAUCUGAUCAACACUUUUGAUGUCGCUGACACAAACAUCACAGCUGAGAACUACAACAGCUGGCUGGAGUUUCUAAAUGCAUCCGAUCCAGAUAAACUCUCCAGUCUGAACCUCAAACACUGCAGCCUCCAAAGCUUUCUGGACCAGAGUGCUUCAGGAACGGGUCUGGCAUUCAUCGUGUUCACCGAAGCCGUGAUCGAGAUGCCGGGCUCUCAGGUGUGGGCAGUGCUGUUCUUCGUCAUGCUCUUCAGUCUCGGCCUCUCCUCCAUGUUUGGGAGUCUUGAGGGUGUCCUGACGCCUCUGCUCGACCUGCACAUGGUUCCAAAAUGGAUGCCAAAAGAACUCUUCACAGCUCUCAUCUGUGUGGUGUGCUUUGUGGUGGCCCUGAUCUUCACAUUGGGUUCUGGGAACUACUGGCUGGAGAUCUUCAACAGUUAUGUGGGCUCUGUUCCGCUCCUCAUCAUAGCCUUUUUCGAGAUUGUUGGUGUCGUCGUGUUCUACGGCAUGAAGCAGUUCAGUGAUGAUCUCGAGUACAUGACGGGACACAGACCGAACAUCUUCUGGCGCGUGUGCUGGAUGGGGAUCAGUCCUCUCAUGUUAAUUGUCGUUCUGGUGGCUUACAUCGUCAUGCAGGUGCAGAAACAUCCCACAUACCCGGCCUGGAACCCAGAAUAUGAAAACUUCCCAGAGACCGAAGAGAAGCCGUAUUCUGAUUGGGUGUUUGCAAUCUGUGUGCUGUUGAGUUCUGUUCCCGUCGUCUCCAUCCCCAUCAUGGCCACUUACAGACUGAUCAGACGGCAAACAAGAUCACCAACCGGCAGCAACCACCCAAACCCCUACGACAACCAGGCUUUCACACUCGACAGCGAGAUCAAGUCCUCGCUCAAAGUGGUCUAGAAGAGACUCUGGAGUUUCAGGUAUUUAGUGAGCUCCUGUGAUAUUAUACAGAUGGAUUUGCACUGAAGUGUGUGUCGACUUUCACGGUUGGUUGAAGGAGAGACUUUUUCUCUGGAGAAGUCUACAAACACUUGAAACUCCAUGUCAGGAUUAUAAGGAUGUUCCCGCAGGCCUGUAAGGUCCAAACUCAACCAGUUCAUUUAAUAUGACUUAACUGCAUUGUUCAGUUUCUAUUUAAACUCCUGAGACCCAAGCGUGACUGCUGUGUGCAUUUUCCGUUGCCCUUUUUGAUUUGUAAAAUGUGUGCUGACUGUCUGCACUGGCCUCAGGACAGUUUGAAAUGCACAUUAUUUACCAACUCCAUGUAACGGCCUUUAAAAGCAACAUGCUUUUGGAUGCAUCCAUUAAUUCUCAAUGCACAGUGAAUAUUGGAUCUUUUAAGAUAAAUGAGCCUAUAAUCCACACGCGUGGUCACUGUGUUUAACAGCGUGCCGUUUCACAGUAAAUCAAUGACAUUUUUAAAAUGGCUCAUCGGAUGAAAGUAGAGACUCUAAUCUUUUGACUCAAACAGGUUUCAGUGUAAAAACUUAAUGAGGUUUCUUAUCAGAUGUAGUUUUGUUGCCAUUUCUCCCAAAGACAAACUCUUCUCAGAUCGGCUCAUGGUGUUCUGUCACGUAACGCAGCGCAUCGAAAUGUAACCCUUUAAUGGCAGCCAAGAGUCUCCUGAACUGAGAUCAGUCGGUUUAAAUUAAAUUAAAUGAUGCAUAGCCUAUAGCAAAGCCAAACCAUAAUGUCCAUGCAUGUGGACGUGGGGUCUCAGGAGGUUAAAUGGUUUUAAUUGCAGUUGGAAAAAAAAAACUAAAAUGGCUCACUAUCACGGUGACCAAGCAAUUUUGUCCUUCAACCUUAACGAGUUGUUACUGUAAAAACAAUCCUAUUUCCUAAAAGUGUUUUGCAUAAUUUGCAACACAUUCAGCAGGAGACAAGAGUUCAAGUGUUGUGAGCAAAAUAUGUCGCUUUUGUAAUCUUUGUUUUUCAGUCUUGAGAUUAAAUCUCGUUUCAUUGUCUUUUAUUUGCUUGCAAUUGUGGUUUUAAUUAAAAAAGUGAAUUUUAGUUGACUAAUUAAUCUUUCUAGCUAAUUUGCUAGAAAGUGUAGCAAGAAAUACUUGUGUAUUAAUAUAUAUAUAUUUUUUUUUACAUUUAUCCUAAUUUUUCCCCAAUUUGGAACGCCUAAUUCCCACUACUUAGCAGGUCCUCGUGGUGGCGCUGUUACUCGCCUCAAUCCGGGUGGCGGAGGACGAGUCUCAGUUGCCUCCGCUUCUGAGACCGUCAAUCCGCGCAUCUGAUCACGUGACUCAUUGUGCAUGACACCGUGGAGACUCACAGCAUGUGGAGGCUCAUGCUACUCUCCACGAUCCACACACAACUCACCACAUGCCCCAUUGAGAGAACCACUAAUCACCACCACGAGGCGGUUACCCCAUGUGACUCUACACUCCCUAGCAACCGGGCCAAUUUGGUUGCUAAGGAGACCUGGCUGGAGUCACUCAGCACGCCCUGGAUUCAACCUCACGACUCCAGGUGUGAUAGUCAGCGUCAAUACUGAAUCUCGCUGAGAUACACAGACUCUUGUGCAUUAAUAUUAAUAUUUUACUCUUUUGUGUUUAAACUGAAAAGAAAAAAAGGUGACUGUAUGACAGACCUUAGAUGAUCUAACACCAGUAUUACAGCUGUUAUUUCCUAGUCAAGCAUUAUACAUCAGUUAUUUUGUUGGCAUCUAAAUUUCCAUGAACUUUCUCAACUUCAAAAGUAACCGAAACUAACACAGAGACAAACUGAUGUGAAGCGUGUCCUGCAUAACUAAUGACGCUCACUCAGUUAGAUAGUAACCACUAUAAUGUUUUAAAACAGAAUAUUGAACGUUUGCUGUAUUCUUGUCUGUAAAAGACGUCAAUGAAAUA